GGAUGAAUGCGACGAUCGGGUCUGCUGUCAUCGGCGGGGUCGCCAUGAUGGUCUCGUGUGGCCUGCUGGGGCUCACGACGCACCUGAAGGGCCUGGCCCUCUGGGAGCUCGUGGAGGCCGCCGCCGAGGCGGUCACCGCCAUGAGGUCCAUGCUGAUACCCCCUGCGUUGGAGGCGCUGUGGAAGUACGUCCUCAUGUGGAUUCUGUGCUACAACUUCCGGAUUCUUCUCACCGUUGGGACGAUGGACGACCACCGGGUCGUGAUCAACGGCGUGAGGUACAAGGGGCUCAGCGCGAGGUUCCACUACGACUGGAACAUGGUGCCGUGGAUAGGGUACUACUUGUACGGAGCGGUGUGGAUCAUGGAGAGCUCUGCAACGCGUUCGGGCACUUCCUCGUCGCGUUCGCCGUGAUCAGCUGGUACUUCAUGCGGAAGGAGGGG